AGUCAAAAACUCAAAAAAAAAUGCCAUGCAAGUGUCGGUGGAACUGCCGAGGAAGGGGAAGAAGAAAACAUCAGAUUCGAGUCAUUUGCGCGGUGGUAUUUAUCCGACGAAGAUAUAGCGCCACAAUUUUAAUCAGAAUUCAAAAAAUUGAUUGAUUUAUUUAUAUAAAAGCCCUGCACUUUCUCGGUGAUUCUCCUAAAACCCCUCCUGUCCAUUCCCUUCUUCCUCUCUCUCUCCUCUCCCCCCUCUCUCUCUCUUCUCACUCUGACUCUCUUUAAUUAGCACUUGAAGCUUCCAUAUAUGACGCUAGCUUCGCUGUAAGCUCUUUCUCCGCAUCGGAUCUGGGGCUUCUUCGCUUUCUUUUGAAGGAAAGGGAGGAAAAAAGAAGGGAGGCACUGUUGUUUAUUGGUUGAUUAUUCUUUGGGAAAGCGGUGAGCCGUGUCAAACAAGUUGAAUUGCAUUCAAUUAAGCUGUCUCCGAUUUAAUUGCAAGUUAAGUUCGAAAGUGCUGUUUAUUUGAGGAAGCUAGAUAUAUUUGUCCUCAAGUUGCACCUGUGAAUAUAAUAUAUAUUGCAAAGAGGCCAUUCCUUCUAAUGGGUUGACUCCAAAUAUUCAAAAUUUGGUUUUUUCCAUUUGGGAGGGGUUUAACGUGGCUUUGAUCAUUUGAAGGCCAGGGAGGGAGUUGGUAAUUAGCUUGAGUUUGGUUGGUUGUAAUGGAUCAAAAGAGUCAGAGGGAAAAAGACUUUGAAGUUGAUCUUGAAAGUGGGGUGGUAGUUAGUGAAGAGGAUUCAAGCGAUACCCCUGUUUCAUGUGCUAAGAAACCGGCAAAGACAUUGAUUGCUAAGGUUUGUGGCGGUCUGUUGGAUGGAACGGUUAAAGUUGAAGAUAGAAUUGGUUUGUGUGGCAAUGGGUCCAACUCCAAUGUAGUGUGCCCCGAUAACUUGAAGGUGGCAACAAACAAGGUGCUGGAGGGGAAUGAGUGCAUGGAUCAUGUAGAGAAGACACGGGUGAAGGACAAGCGGAAGAAGACGAGCAAUAAAAAGCCUCCUAAACCUCCCAGACCUCCACGAGGCCCAUCAUUGGAUGCGGCAGACCAGAAGUUAAUCAAGGAACUCUCUGAAAUUGCCAUGUGGAAACGUGCAAGGAUUGAGCGAAUGAAAGCGUUGAAGAAGAUGAAAGCUGCUAAGGCGUCUUCCAAUAGCGGCACAUUUGCCAUGCUGUUCACCAUUCUCUUCUGUCUUGUGCUAAUCUUUCAAGGAAUUUCGUCUAGAAGAAGCUCACCUGUAAACAUUAAGGGAUCUCCAUUGUCUGCUGGACGAACAGAGGGCAAUUUGAUCUCAGUUCAGUACUAUCCAAAUCUGUCAUCAAAGGGACCUGGUUCUGCGUCCCCCAAGUUGCUGGGUUGGAUCCGCCGGAGAAGCUGAAAAGAUGGGCAGGGUGAUAUUACAAUGUGGUUGCCUAGUCGAUGUUGAGGAACAAAUUCCACAUGCCUUUUGAAUCCUAGUGCAAACCGUCGAUGCUUGCACUUUUUUGUAUGCAUGAUUACUGAAGCUGUUGAUCCCCUGUAUGUACAGAAAUGGGGGAGAGCAAGAGACUCAGAGAGAGAAAGAGAGUGGUUACAGUACAAUUUUUAGUGUUCUGUCGGUGAUGUCAAAUGCAUACUGAUAAGUUUGCCUUCCUUGCAACUGGUUUGGCCUCUAAUAAAGUUGCGGUAAUUAUACCACUAGAAAAUCAUCCAAAUCUGCUCCUUCAUUUCAAAUGCUGUAUAAGUUUGGCUGAAAUUGGUAGUAGAUGUUAUUCGCGUUCGA